AUGGAGGAGGUUUUUAGAAUUGUCCAUAGGGAUCUUGCUGAGCGUUCGGGUGUGUAUGGUGGGCCUCAAACCCGUGUAGGGGGAACGACUAUUAUUGCGCCCAACCCGAUAGAUAUCGUUGCACAAAUUAUGGGGUUUGGCCCCAAUGGGGACGCUGUUUACUCUCAAGAAGAACUCGAUUUCGUAGUGACGCAGCUAAUUAACCAAACAACAAUAAACAAUGCCCCCGGUCCUGCCUCGGAAGAAGCUAUUCGUGCUCUGCCAAAGAAACCUGUCGAUAAAACGAUGUUAGAUAGUGAGGGCAGGGCGGAGUGCUCUAUUUGCAUGGAUAGCGUGGAGCUCAAGGAAGAGGUCGCCGAGUUACCAUGCAAACACUGGUUCCAUGAGCUUUGCAUUUCGUCAUGGUUAAAGGAACAUGAUACGUGCCCCCAUUGCCGCAGAGGAAUAAUGCCUCCUCAAAUGGUUCCUCUUGGCCACGUUGCGGAAAUGCCCUCACUGGACAACACGGAGGGGUUCACGCUACCAGGUAAUAACUCUACACGGCAAUCAGGUAGCACCGGAACGAAUCGUUUCUCCGAUUGGAUGAGAAAUCGGUUUGGGGGCGGAGGGAGCAACGGUGGCUAA